AUACACACAGCAAGUGUCCAACAAAAUGUAUUCAAUAUAUGGUGCUAGUAUAUUCCAAGUGACGGGUACACAAGCACACAACUGCAGCUGAAACUCUAGGUUUAUUAUGUUACAUCCAAUACACUUCCAUGAUUAUUAAGAGACUAUUGGUGCUCACAAAUUAAACUUGUAAGUUUGUGGUUAUGACGUCAUGCACAUUGUGUUUAAGUCGUAAGAACAUUGCUGCAAGGCAAAGUUUUACUGAGUCACAAAACAGGAAAUGCAUAGAGCUCUUUUUAUGAGGAAGCGAUUUUUUUACAAGUUGAGAUCUGACAAACCGUCUCACACAGACAAGCAGACCAAUCUGACUUCAGUCUUUCAUUUUCUCUGAGAUAGAUUUUUACUUUCAUAAAAAGUCAUACUUCCUGUUGAGAAGCUGAAGACAACACUGGCCAUGUUGUCGUCAGGAGCAGAAUGUGUGUUCAUGGGUUUGUUCCUGUACAUCUCAGGGGGAGGAGCAAACAGCAUCUGUGCCGUAAAAGGUUCAUCAGUGGAUCUACACUGCUCAGCUCAAUGUCCCACAUCAAGUAUGAAAUGGUUCACUGUUCGCGGGGAGGGCAACAAGAAGGUUCCAGAUCAGAUCGUUGUUGAUGGAAAACAUGUGAACAUAUCUGAAGAGAGCAACUUCACUAUGACGAUCAAUGAUCUGAGAGAGAGUGAUACAAACUUUUACUGUUGUAGUGACGUUAAUGACAGAUGCCAGGGGAGAGUCAUUCAGCUCCUUGUUGCAGACCUGCAGGUGAAGGUGUUUCCUGCCACAGGAGAAAAGACAGUGUCACUGAAUUGCAGCAGCAGUUGUCCUCUGACUGAAAGACCUGUGGUCUAUAUCUGGUACAAGAACACAGAGUUUCUCUAUGAGGACUUGUCUCCUUGGUACCAGGAGCUAAUCAGCAGCGAGGAAUCAGUCACAUACUCCUGUGCUGUCAAAGGCUACAAGCAUCUCAGAGCCCCUGAAGUCUCAGUGGAUUCUCUCACAUCAGCCUGCUUCACUGUGACCUAUGCUAAAGGCAGAAUGUGCUCAAAUCAGCAGAGACCAGAAGAUGAGCCGUGCUCCAUCACAUAUCCCAGAGAAAUACAAGUUCAUGUUCAAAAGACUGAAGACAAAGACCAUGUCAAACUGGCCUGUAACACCAGCUGUCCACAGACCGAAGCUCAAAACAUCACAUGGUACAAAAACAGAGGAUUGGAGCAGGAACCACAACCAGUUCCCAUCUCCUCUCGUGCCUCUUACUCCUGUGCUGUAGAGCACUUGUUCUCAGAUGAGGUCUGUAUUCAGGAUCUAAACUGCAUCACAGUGAAUUAUGUCGACAGGAGGAUCUGUGCUCUGCGAGGUUCCUCAGUGAACAUCUCCAGUGAAUACUCUUAUCCAAAACACCAGCAAGCGAAUUCUUUAUUGUGGUAUAAGAAUAGGAGAAGUGAUUUGGCGGCUGGUGAAGAACUGAUAACGAAUACAGAUCGUAUUAAGUUUCAUGAAGUGAUGAACCGCUACAUCCUGACAAUCAAUAAACUGAACAAGAAUGACUCAGCAGAAUACAUAUUCAGAAUAGGAAGUGAUGCAGGGAGAUGGUCGGCUGCUCCUGGGGUGACUUUGGUCGUCACAGAUCUGAGAGUGAAGUUUAGUCCUUCUGAGGAGGUGACCGAGGGGCAGAGAGUCACGCUGACCUGCAGAACCAUUUGUCCUCUGACGGACAACAUGAACUACAUUUGGUACUUGAACAAUCAACCUCUGAAUCUGACAAAAACACUAAGCAAGUACCUGGUUCUAGACCCCGUCAGCAGUGAACAUGAAGGAAACUACUCCUGCAAAGUUAAAAUGCUCCAAAAGAGCUCUCAUCAAAAGAUGCUCACUGUCCACAGUAAAAUCAAAGAGACUCAAACAGCCAUAGGAUAUGUUGCUCUUCUCCUGGUUGUAAUACCCAUCAUCGUCUUCUUGUGGAUCAGAAGAAAGAAGACUUCCAUCCAGUCUCCUAGAACUGAAACCUCUGUCAACUUGGAGGAGAUAAGCCCAGAUCAUGAGUACGACGACAUCUCAGCUCAACCAGUAGAGGAGGAUGAUAUUCACUAUAGCAGCAUUCAACUCCCCAACAACAGAGAUGCUCUCUACUCACAGAUUCAGCCACAUCAGCCCCAAGAAGAAGAGCAAAGCCCCUAUGAUGUUGUCAGCUUUACAACCAAAACAACACCUGAGCAAACAUCUGUUAUUACAAGUGAUUCAGACUUUGUGACAUCUCAGAAUUAAAAGCUGCCUCAGACCAUAUUCAUUAUUUUAUAUGUUUGUGUUAAUAGGCUACUUUGAUUGUAAUGGCAAUAACUUAACAUGUUACCUGCUAUGCUGAAUGUAAUUAAAGAGUCUUGUGAUGAAAAUGAGAAGUAAAAAUAUAUAUUUGAAUAAAUGUUUUUUUCACA